AUGGUGCUGCUGAAGCCUGGAGACUCCUCCUUGAGUCAUAUUGCAGGUCAGCAUGCCCAGAUAAUGACGGACAACCCCACCUCCAUGUUCUACCUCAACAAGCCAGGGAGGCGGCAGAUCCAACCCGCUUGGCCAAGAAACCAUCCAGGUGUGGAGCUGAGGCAUCAGACGUUGGAGUGUCCUCUCGGCUGUCUGUCUACCCAGUCUGCAGAUCACCAUAGCAGACGGUCGGAGCAGACACCCUUGCGGGAAAAACACAAAGAGCCCCCAGGGCACGAAUGUGCCGUGUGGACACUUCUGGCCAAAAGAUUCCGAACUCCACCGCUGUGCGUGUACCCCACCCGCUCGAACGUGUGUAUGGACCACCCAGCUCGAACUCCAGUCACUGUACAAGAGGACGCCCAGAACCUGAUCAGCCGCCUGGCCACGCGGCGCCGGCUGGCGGUGGGUGAGGACUGGUCCCAGGACGUGCAGCUGGGCGAGCAGAGCGAGCUGCGCUAUUCCUACCACGUGCUGUGUGACGAGCACUACUACGGCGAGGGCUGCUCUGACUACUGCCGCCCCCGCGACGACCCCUUCGGGCACUACGCCUGCGACGAGCUGGGCGCCCGCGUCUGCCUGCCCGGCUGGAGGGGGGAGUACUGCUCCGAGGGUUUCGAUCGCGAUCUGGAGAACGACUACAAGUGCACCUGCCCCCAGGGGUUCUAUGGGAAGAACUGCGAGAUCAGCGCCAUGACCUGCGCCGACGGGCCCUGCUUCAACGCGGGCACCUGCGCCGAGAAGCCCACGGGCGGCUACACCUGCCACUGCCCCCUGGGCUACCACGGCUCCAACUGUGAGAAGAAGAUCGACCGGUGCACCAAUAACCCAUGUCUGAACAGUGGCCUCUGCCUGGACCUGGGCCGCCGGGUGCUCUGCAAGUGCCGGCCGGGCUUCGCCGGCCCCCGGUGUGAGCGCAACAUCGACGACUGCGCCUGCAACCCCUGCGUCAACGGCGGCACCUGCCUGGACGGGGCCAACAGCUACACCUGCUCCUGUACCCUGGGCUACGGCGGCAAGGACUGCAGCAUGCGGGUGGACGCCUGCGGCUCCAGCCCCUGCCUCAACAGCGGCACCUGCUACACCCACUUCUCCGGCCACGUCUGCGAGUGCUCGGCCGGCUACAUGGGCUCCAGCUGCGAGUUCAAGGUGCAGAGCCCCGCCCCGGCCAGCAGCCAGCGGCUGGCGGCCGACGACCCCUUCCCGAUGGCCCUGGCCGUCUCCUUCGCCCUGGGGCUGGUGACCCUGGCCCUGGUGGUGUGCGCCGCGCUGGCGGUGCUGCGGCAGAUGAGGCAGGGCCGCAAGGCCGGGAAGGGCACCGUGCGGAACGACCUGGACACCGUCAACAACCUGAAGGAGAGGGAAGGUUUCCUCGUUGCACCCGGGCGGUUCAAGGUGCCCAACAAAGAGCCCAAGUUUGGCGGCGGCGGCCUCAGGGACAAGUUCAACUGCAAGCGGAAGCUGCUGGAUCUCAGCGGGGACGCCGCCUGCAAGAAGAAGCCGGAGAAUAAGAAAUCGGGGCCGAUCUUCUCCCGUGCCCCGGCUGGGUACCCCAAAGAAGGCCCCUAUCGCCCUAUUUAUAUUAUCCCGGACCAGACGGAGCCCUGCAUCUUUGCCACCGAGGUUUAAAAGUGGCCCCCCCAACCUCGGACCUGUGGCUCCGUCCCCCCCUGCCCCGCUAAAGAAUGUUUACAGAGACGCCUCCUCGGACGCCUGGAUCAGCGGCGGACGACGUACUAUUAUUUUUUAAUCUAUAGAUUAUAAAUAUCGACUCCUGUUUGUUUUCUCAAGAGAAAAAUAUUUAAUAUUUAUUCUUGCUGCUAUGUGAGUUGGGGGGUGCGGGGGGGACCAAGGGAACAGAGGAAGGUUUGGA